GAUAGAGGAGCUCUUCGCAACGCGUCCCCUCAGGAAGCUCUGAACAAAGUAGGGGAUCCAGGCAACUCUGUCGUAGUGGAAGAUUCUCCCUCAUCUUUUGCUGGCGAGGACUUACCUUCCAACUCGGAUGAAGAACUUCUACUGCUCAAUGACGAAUGGCACUGUUUUUUAGAGUCUGACACGUAUUUCAUUCCGGAGAAUUUCAAGCGAUUGCUCUAUUCUCGUGGAUACGACGUCGAGGGAGUGGACACGAAGCGCUGGCUGGGAUUGACUCACAGUCAUCGAGUACACUCCGUAAGGCUUACAAUAGAAUUCUAAUUCAUAACUUCCACAGAAGAUCAAGAUUUUUGAGUUUUCUCGGUUUCUCAAGUAGGAUUCCUGAGAAAUUAUAGAUGAGCUUAUGCGAGAUGAUUUGCAUUUCUAGCUUUAAAUCGCUAGUGGAGUAUGAUUUUUGACUAUCUAAGGUUCACAAGCUUAUAGCUUUAAACUCCGAAGGGUAUCUCCUUGAGCCGUUGCAAUCGGGCUGCUUCUCGCUUGCUGGGCUGCUUCACUACGCUGAGUUCUUGCGAAACAAAGAGACGAUGAGAAUGACUUCUAGUUCUAGAGGAGAAGACCUCGCAAAAGUCGAAAGUAAGACCGAAGACCAGGAGGAGCAAAGAGGACAGGACGAUCCAGUUGCAGUUGACAAAGAUCAUACUAGAGAACAGCAAGAUGAAAGUGCUCAACAAGAAGAUGCUGUUGAAAGAGAAAUGACUACUGCUGCUUCGCCACCUUCUACUUGCAAGGACCCGUUCGACGGAAGCGUUAACAUGCUUUUCAUGCACACGUUCACAUCUUGUGUGAAGGAGAGCUCCCUAAGUGUUAAAUUGAAAUUCUCCAGUUCCCAGCACCAUGGCAAUGCAGAAAUGAAACUCGCAACACCUUUCGAGUUGUCGGACCCGCUUGGAAGGAGCUACUGGACGUCUGCUUUCAAUCUAGUAGGCAAGACAUUCGUCCCAGUGCAUUGGCAACGGGCUAGCUGGUCCUGGCAGGUGCCGCAAUUGGCGUCGGCCCACGACCACUGGCUCUUGAUGAACGGGCGACCACUAGUGUAUUGGGAAUGUCUGGGUCCUACUAUUCUUGAGACGCAGGAAACAGAUCAGGGGAAUGAAGUAGAAACGUCUGACGAGGACGAAGAGAAUGAACAGGACGAAGCUGAUUUGCUAGAACUAUUAGGCCGUCGACGAAACGGGCGUGACGAGGAGCAGAGUCCCGCAUCUCACAACUUAGAUCUGGGCCCUCUGCACCUUGUCUCGCGCUACGCCGUGUCAUUCGACGGUCAUGUUUCUUAUGACGUCAUUGAUGAUGUAACCCAGAAUGUCUGAAUCUGAUGUGGACCUCAAUUGACGUCCACCUCUUCUAUCUUUAUUAUUGGAAAAGCAUCCCAUCGAAGAUCCCUCUCUUCCCCGUCAGCGUCUAAUCUCUCGCCGAGAAAGGUGUUUUCACUCGUACGAGCCGCAAGCGAAAUUUCCCGAUUUCCGUGGUAAAUUUGCUGGUACGCACGCACACCUUCCUCCAGUGCCCAUCGAAGCUCUGUGGCUCUCUGCGACCCGUUGUAUGGGGCAGCGAGGAAGAUCAAGGAGAAUCUUCUACCUCGAGAAGUUUCUGUACUGACGAGGGAGCAUCUUCUACUUCUACUUCUAGUCCUAGCACGACUCCCACUGUAAGUAGUGGCGUCCUUGGAGGCUACACUUCUUCAGAGCCCGACGAUCGAGUCGAUCACGCUGUAAGUAGUGGCGUCCUUGGAGGCUAUACUUUUAAGGUCAGCUUUUAGUAAGUAUCCACCUUUCUCGGCCUCUUGGUACUACUUACCCUUUUCCCUUGUAUUAUUCCUAUGAAUUACUACAAGGGUAAGAAAGGUGCCAAGAUGAGGGGGCCGAGAUGCAAAGUAGCAGAUUCUAAUACUUCUCCAGAGAGCGACCAUCGUAGGGAAGUAGUGAAGGCUCGACCAUCGUCAGACACCGCCGAACGUUCACUACCCUCACUAAAAGACCGCAUGAAGAACGCCGUAGCAAAACGGAUAUCCGACUGUUGGACUCAAAGGCUGACCCCACCUGCUAGACACGACUACGCUCGUAUGGACACUGCUCGAAAUGCACUCUUCUGGUCACUUCUUUGGCUCUGCUCUACGGCGGUUGGUGGUUUAAGAGGGAGUGGAGGUUUAAGAGGGACUAAUUUCUCUGAAUCCUUGCUGUCGAAGGAAGGUUUAUCCGACCCAGCCGAUGGAGUUCUCGUAGAACAGCACAGGAGUAAAAAUGGAGGCAGUUACAACAAGUGUCUUUCGUCGUCGUGGGUGUCAACACUGUCAUCUCUUCAAGAAUCCUCGUUAGUCCUCGAAAAGGAGAGACACGCUAUCAAUAUUGUUGCAGAAGGCAUCGAACGAUGCUGGGUAUCUGCUGGCUUGAGCAGACGCUUAGAACUAGCAGAGAAACCAGAUGAAAUGACGAUGGAAUGGAUGCCUAAGUGCUUGGGGUUCAUACACUUAGACGAGUAGUUUGGACGCAACAUGAACAUGAAGAUUUCGUGACUGAGCGCCAAACUAACAGCGCAAGAGUUGUUGAAUGAGCGAAUUCAUCAU